GGCGCCACCGGAGUCUGCGAUUUCGGUCCGUUCAUCUCUGUAUUAUAUACCGUGGGCCUGGUUGGUCUCGCUGGCUUCACUUCUCGGCGGUCUCUCUCCUAUUUGGCGGGAUCGCUACUUCCAUUCCGCCUUUUCCCUGCAUUUCACACACUCUUUCAAUUACCGCAUUGGACGCUGGCGGGUCUAUUAUCAAAAGCGGGAUCCAUUUUACGAUUAGAGGAUUCUACGGGUCUCUUUGCUCUCUAGGUCCAUGGCCCGGUAUUCUCGACACGGCUGGAUACGACUAGCUCAGUUGGGCUACACACGACUCUUCCACACAUCACCUGUAUCCUAUCCCCCUCGGAAUUCCCCUAAAGGUAUUUCUCGGCUCUCAUCAGCCAUCCGACUCUUGUCUUCCCCCACCGGAACGGUGACUUACGCCCUUCGUAAGUCAGCAACUACACGCAAAUUUCUGCGGAUCCUCUCCCUCAUAUCGGAUACCGCACAUUCGAGCGCUACUUUUCGGCUCACCUCAUUGUUGAUCAUCCUCUUCUCCCCUGGACUUGAGGACCAGAUCAGUCUGGGCUCUGACCUCGAGCUAUCUCUAGCUCGUUCGCCGUUUGAUCGCGAAUUCACGCCUGAACGGCGGCACCAGAUCCAGCAGCCUGGUAGAAAGAAAACACAAAACGACAUAUCAGAUCAGAAAACGAGAAAAAGAUUUUAGGGACAUGAUUGGACGGCCACGGAUGGAAAGCAUGGUUCUGGCUGGAAGGCGCAUUUCGAUGGCUUAGGCUGUCGGUAGGAAGGCGUGGAUCUAGCAUCAUGGGUUACUGGCUGUUGUCAGUAUCAGUUCGUAGCUUUGCAAUGCGAGGAAUCGAUCCUUAACGGUCCUUAAU